CAAGCUCUCCGUGGCUAGUCCGUCCAUGCUAGUUGUUCGCUGUUGUUCGGAUCAAGAGGCUCUGACGUCGGUAAAAACAUGUUCCAUUUCCCUCCGUGUCAUUUCUCUUUGGCACAUUUGGACGCAGCGAUACGUCCUGUAAAUCCUGGUUAUUAUCCUGUGAAGAACAGCGUAAGGAAGGGGAGGCUGUCAUGUCUGAGCUGCUGAAAGACAAACCUCAGAAACGAGAGAAGAAGACGGUGAAGGUUCCCUCAGAGUCAAGUCAUGGAGUCAGAGGCAAGGAAACCACAGGCAGGACUAAGGACUCCAUGAGUAUUGUGUCAUCCAUUGAUGAAUUAGGACACCAUGACGAGGCUCGUACGGUGGUGACAAUGGAGAACACCUACCAGACGGGACCUUACAAACGCUUCCCUGUCGGUGCUGUCACAGACAUACUGAAGGACGUACUCACCACUUACCUCCAAGAAGAGAGAUAUGAAGUGGAGUGGUCCCAAAAAAUGACAAAAACAAUAUGUGAGGUGACACGAGCCCGUGUGAAGGAUCUCAUGAUUCCCAGAUAUAAGGUGGUCGUCCUGGUCCACAUCGGCCAGCUCACUGGGCAGAGCAUGCAAAUCAGCAGCCGCUGUCUGUGGGAUAAAUCCAACGACACCUUCGCCACCUACUCUUUCAAGAACAUCUCUCUGUUUGGAAUGGCAACUGUCUAUGCUGUUUACUUUGAAUGAAUCCCUGACAUUUUGAGUAUUCUUUAUCUGUGUUGUUUAUUUUGUCUCGUGUAUACUGACAAAACAAGAUUCUUCUCAAAACCAGA